AUGGAACCUCAAGUUCAAGGCGCCGGACCACCGCCAGCUCCCAAUGCAGUUCCAACCGUACCACCAGCACCGAUCGAAGCUCCAAUCGCACCACCAGCAGCAGCUCCAGAACCUUUAGCGGCCAAUCGCCCCAAAAAAAUCGGAGCAAGUUUUUGGGCCGAAAUUUUUUUUUUGGAUUCGCGUAAAUUACUGUACGAUUUACAGCCCGGAAGUCGACGAAAUCGUGUCGGUCACAUCAAGAAGGAAUUCCGACCCGAGGAUGACCCGCAGUUUUCAUGUUGUAUUAAGCUGAAUCUUCAUGUAAGUGUAAUAUAAAAAGUGGGUUGGAUCUUGAUGAAAGUUGGUCCAAGCUGAGAUUAGGGGCUUUGAAGAUAUAUUCGGGACUUUUAGGUCAAGAUUAAGCAAAAUAAUCGGGAUUUUUAAGCCAAAAAAUGCGAAAAAAAUUUUAAAAAUUCUGCACAGUGCGGACGGAAAAUUUUUUUUGCACAGUGCAAAAAAAUUUUUUUUUUUUAAAUGCUUUAGAACUCGAUGAAAGUUGGUCCAAGCUGAGACUAGGGUUUUUGAAGAUAUUUUCGGGACUUUUAGGUCAAGAUUAAGCAAAAUAAUCGGGACUUUUAGGUCAAAAAUUCGAAAAAAAAAUAAAAAAAUUCUGCACAGUGCGGACGGAAAAAUUUUUUUGCACAGUGCAAAAAAUUUUUUUUUAAAAAAUACUUUGGAUCUUGAUGAAAUCAGUGCAAAGAUGAGAUUAGUGUUUUCGAAGGUAUAUCUGGUAUUUUCAGCUCGCGGUUGACCUAAAAUAACAGGGAUUUUUAUGUCAAAAAAUUCGAAAAAAAUUUUAAAAAUUCUGCACAGUGCGGACGGAAAAAAUUUUUUGCACAGUGCAAAAAAAUUUUUUUUUAAAAAAAUGGAUUGGAUCUUGAUGAAAGUUGGUCCAAGCUGAGAUUAGGUUUUUUGAAGAUAUAUUCGGGACUUUUAGGUCAAGAUUAAGCAAAAUAAUUGGGAUUUUUAAGUCAAAAAAUUCGAAAAAAAAUAAAAAAAUUCUGCACAGUGCGGACGGAAAAAAUUUUUUGCACAGUGCAAAAAAAAUUUUUUUUGUAAAUGCUUUGGAUUUUGAUGAAAGUUGGUCCAAGUUUAGAUUAGUGUUUUUGAAGAUAUAUUCGGGACUUUUAGAUCACAAUUGAGCGAAAUAAUCGGGAUUUUUAAGUCAAAAAUUCGGAAAAAAAUAAAAAAAUUCUGCACAGUGCGGACGGAAGAAAUUUUUUGCACAGUGCAAAAAAAUUCUUUUAAUUUUUUUUUCAGCGUUCGGUAAUAGUGAUCUCAGCAAUCAUGAUUGCAGCAUUCCUUGGGCAAACUAUUUAUCUACUAUUUUUUGUUCAAGUCACUAAUGAUGACCUCGGAAACGACAAGGCGCUCGCAUUCUUGGUGAUGAUUGGGUAUGGAUGUCUGUUGGUUGGGAGUAUUUUGAGAAUUAAACAGCUUUAUUGGGCCUUUGCGGUUUUUUCGGUAAGGAAAUUUGACUUUUUGGAAUUUGUGACAAGGAAAGUACUUCUAUGGGGUGUGGAAUUACCGGUCGAGAUAUAUAUCAAAAAAUUCGCAAAAAUUUUCUGAUUCAGAAUAUAUAUAAAUUAGCUGCCUAAUUUUGGUCUGAUGACAUGUUUUUGUCCUCAGAAGUUUUCUCGCGACACCAUGCAAGUGUCUUUUUGGCCGCGUUUUUACCAAUAAAAAAAUUUUGUUUUGUGCUAAAAUAAAUUUUGAGGCCUUGACAAGCCUUAAAAUAUCAAAUUGGAUUACAACUACACCUUAAAAGUAGUUCCAAUGUAAAAAAUGGGUUCUAGUGUGGCAAAAGGAAUCGAACCCGUCCCCUUCGGACUCCCAAUCUAGCGCUCUAACUACUCGGCCACACCGCUCUCUUCCGAAGGAAGAGACCGAGCUCGCUUUUGUUGCCGCAGAUUUUUUUCCUCGAGAAAUACAUUUAUUGAUAAAACUCGUUAAUAGACCAAAAUUAGGCAGCUAAUUUUUAUAUAUUCUGAAUCAGAAAAUUUUUGCGAAUUUUUUGAUAUAUAUCUUGACCGGUAAUUCCACACCCCAUAGAAGUACUUUCCUUGUGAAAAAAAAAAUUUGAAAUUUUUUUAAUUUUUGGAAUUUUUUAAUUUUUUUUUUGAUUUUUUUUGGAAUUUUUGAAUUUUUUUUUUUUUGAUUUUUUUGGAAUUUUUGAAAUUUUAUUUUGAUUUUUUUGAAAUUUUUGAAAAAAAAAUUUUUAGAUUUUUUUUGGAAUUUAUGAAAAAAAAAAUUUUUUAGAUUUUUUUUGGAAUUUAUGAGAUUUUUUGGAACUUUUAAUUUUUUUUGUUGAUUUUUUUGGAAUUUAUGAGAUUUUUUUGGAUUUUUGAAAAAUUUUUUCUGAUUGUUUUGGAAUUUAUAAAAAAAUGUUUUUUUUGAUUUUUUUGGAAUUUAUGAGAUUUUUUUGAUUUUUUUUUGGAAUUUUUGAAAUUCUUUUUUGAUUUUUUUCAAAUUUAUGAAAAAAAAAUUUUAGAUUUUUUUGGAAUUUUUGAAUAAAAUUGAUUUUUAAAAAUUUUUUGCUUCCAAAAUUCCAAAAAAUUUGUUGCAAAUCACUUCGAACAACGUCUUUUUUCAGGUCUGUGCGUAUGCCGUCAUCCUUUGGGCCGCGAUUGAGGCCCUGGAAACGGCUACUUACAUGCUCCUGGGCAAUCUUCGCCAAUUUCCAAACGAAGAAAAACAAUUCGCGAACACUAGACAGGGAAUACUCAUCCUGGCAUACCUGCUCUUCCUUAGUUUCUCCGUUUCACUCCAUUGCUAUUUCUUUUACAUCUUCUGGAGAGAUUACAAUUUUAUCUGCGAAUACCCGAGGAAGAAACAAACGGCCGCGGAAGACAAAAGGCUGCUAAAGGAGGAGUAG